UACUCUUAUUACAUAAAUAUUGAUUUAAAUCAAGAGACUUUUUUACUGUUCCGUGACCAUUUACAUUCAAAUUUCCAUGUUAGUUCAUGUGUAAUUCAGUUAUUGUCAAUCUAGCAAGUAAUUAUUUAUUACUUCCUUAUUUAACUUUUUAGUUGUUUCAAGUCGAGUUCAUACAUUCAUGAUUGGCUUAAACAAGUAUAGCUACAAACGUGGCUACGGUAGUCCAGCUAGGCAUUUUCUCUAACUGUAUAUGAGGUUAGCCAAUCUCCAAUUAACGGAAGUAAUAUUGCGCAUACCAUAUCGAUUGCACUUCUUUACAUACCAAGAAUGCAUUUUCUAUGUACAUGUUGAAUCGUUGACGCGAAGCAUUGAGUGAGGUCUUGUAGUAUGUACUUGCGUAGCUAUACGCGCCGUAAAGGCGCCACAGUCAAACCAGCUUAAAUAACACAGAUUGCUAUAAAUGCACGUUCUGAAGUGCUAAGAGAUACGCGUUACCAUUUAAAUUUCAAACGAUUUAGAGUAUUUUUGUAUAAAUUUUAUAUUUUGAUUUUUUAGAACUGUCAUUAUAUAUUUCAGUGUUGAACUUAACUUGGCGAAACUGUACGCACAUAAUCAUCCUAUGUUCAUACAUAUGUAUGUGCAUACAUGCCAGUAUACACCAGAAGUAUACUCUGCAAUGAAUAUACUAGUAUUAAACAAAUAUUGAUAUGCCAUCGCAACUCUCUUCUAUUACUGAGCAGACUUUCCGAAGAACUGUUAUACAUUUGUUACUUGUCUGACAUGUUCGAUCUAGCCAAAUUCUAGGCGGUACUCCUAACAGCAGUGACAAUUGAGUCAUCUACGGAAAGUACAGUUAGCAGUACAAGUAUAUCAAUGCCCAUUAUAAACCGAGGCAAUAAAAUUUUAAAGAAUCCAACAGUACCGAAAUCUGCGUUGAGAGUUGAUAAUCAAAGCAACAGAGGCGGCGGGAAAAAUGCAGAACUUUCAAAGCAAUUACUUGUGGCAUUGUCUUCCAAAUCAUAUAUUAGUAAGCCAAACUCAACAACUCCUACACCGGUUAAACUUACAAAACGUGCUGGCUCUGCUGCUGAUAUAAAACAUAAAAAAAUAGGUAAAGAUAAUUUAAAUCGAACGGGAGUUGUUGCAACACGUGGAAAACUCCGUCAAGAAGUGGACCACAUUCCCGACUCAUCAGGACAUAUUCCAUACCGGAUAAGCCGCCCGCAUCUUGGACUGUCGGGAUACGAAUCCACUGCAGUGAGCCAAAGUUCAAAUGAUGGCAGUGACGACUACCACAAUUUGUCCUAUGAGUCCGAUAAGCGGCCAAGUGAUUACUGGGAACGAGACUACAAUAAACAGUUCCUAUAUAAUAAUACUCGAGUACACCAUAUUGAGGCUGAGUGUCAGGAUGACUACAUGAAAAUUCGGAUUGGAUUCAAUGCUACAUUUAAUGGACUAAUAUAUUCAGCUGGCUAUGCUUAUGAUCCCGAUUGCAUGUAUAUAAAUGGUUCAGGUCGAGAUUACUAUGAAUUUUUUAUUCAGUUGAACCGUUGUGGGACUUUAGGAAAAAAUGCACUUCAUGAAGAAAAAAGGAAAAAUCCUACCAACUUUAUGUGGAAUACUGUAACAGUACAAUACAAUCCCCUUAUCGAAGAAGAAUAUGAUGAACAUUUUAAAGUCACCUGCGAAUAUGGCUAUGAUUUUUGGAAAACAGUGACAUUUCCAUUUUUAGAUGUAGAAGUAGCUACUGGCAACCCCGUGGUCUUUACUCUAAGCCCACCAGAGUGUUAUAUGGAAAUACAAAAUGGGUACGGAAUUGGAGGACCACGUGUCACUGGGCCUGUUCGGGUUGGUGAUCCGCUUACAUUGAUAAUUUACAUGCGCAGCAAAUACGAUGGUUUUGAUAUUGUUGUCAACGAUUGUUAUGCUCAUAACGGAGCUAACAAAAAGAUUCAGCUUAUUGAUGAAUACGGUUGCCCUGUGGAUGAUAAGCUUAUUUCCAGAUUUCGAGGCUCUUGGUCUGAUUCGGGAAUUUUCGAGACACAAGUGUAUGCAUAUAUGAAGACCUUUCGUUUUACAGGCUCACCAGCACUAUAUAUAGAAUGUGAUGUACGAAUGUGUCAUGGCCGAUGCCCAAGCCAACCAUGUCACUGGCGUAAUUUGAAAACUGUAUCUAAACGUGAUAUAACGAAUUCAACAACGCUCAACACCGCUUCUGAAGUAGAACGAAUGCAUUCAUCACAAAAUCCUAGAAAUAAAUUAGAAGAUUAUGUAAUGGCUGUCUCGAACGCAGAUAAACAACAUGCUUCGUUAUCGGAGAAUUUGAAUCUGUUUCAAUCAUUGCGAGUACUACAAGAGGGUGAGUCCGAUGGAGAUGGUGUUUACUCACAUUCUCGUCGGUUGGAACCUCUAAUAAAUCAAACAUGUAUGAAAACGACUACGUUUUCAGCGCUAACAAUAAUCUUUUCUGUAGUUAUGUGCAUACUCUCGGGAACAUUAGUUGUAACUUGUUCUCGGCUAAAGAGACGUAGUAAAGAUGCAUCUUUAUAUGAAACAUACAUUACUCACAAAGGGCAAAUUGAUUAAUGAUCAUUUAAUUCACAAAAUAAUGUUAAGUAAAUAUGUAAAUACGAAGAUUUUCUUUAACACGAUCUAUGAUAAUUAAAUGGAACAAA